AUGGAUGCACGCAUUGAUCCCGCAGCUGCGUUUGGAAUUGGCUUGGGCGAUGCCCAUGUGAUUCGCAACGCCGGGGGCAGUGGUCGCGACGCCCUGCGGUCCAUUCUGAUCUCAGAGCAGCUGCUUGGGACCCAUGAGAUUGUUCUCAUCAAGCACACCGGCUGUGGAAUGCUAACUUUUACCAAUGAGGAUGCACAUGUGCUCGUGCAAAAGAAUUUGGGGCCGGAAGCCGCUACAGAGAUUGCGACUCUCGACUUUCUGGCGUUUCCGGAUCUGGACCAAGCCGUGCGCGACGAUGUACUUUUCUUCAAAAAACAUAGUGCCAUCCCGGAUGAUGUCACUUAUUCUGGCCCAUGUGCUGCCUGGGCCUACAAGUCGCUUGAUCUUCGACAUGCGAAGCGCGUUUUUGUUCUCGGACCCAGCCAUACAUUCUAUUUGCGCGGCUGUGCUCUGACGACAUUCGAGAGGUUUGCAACGCCAUUUGGCGACUUCGAAAUCGACGCGGAUACUCUGGCCGAGCUCCGUGCAACUGGAAAAUUCAGCGACAUUCCGCGGCACAACGACGUGCGCGAGCAUAGCCUCGAGAUGCACCUCCCAUAUAUCUGGAAGGUUCUUGAAAGGACCGUAGGCAACAACCGUACAUGGCCCACCCUCGUUCCGAUUAUGGUUGGCGAUGGUGACGGUUCCGCAGAGAAAGACUACGGCGAGAUGUUGCUACCUUACCUGGAAGACCCGCAGAAUGCGUUUGUUGUCAGUUCCGAUUUCUGCCACUGGGGCCGAAACUUUCAGUUCUGGCAAUACUGCCCCGGAGCUGAUUUUACCCAAAUCCGCUCGCUCUCGCCUCGAGGUGGUUCACGCCCUGGGCCUUCGGAACCGCCUAUCCACGAAUUUAUCCGUACGCUUGAUGAGGCUGCGUUUAAAAUUAUUGAAACCGGAGUGCAAGCAGACUUCGUCAGGUAUCUUCGCCUGACAGACAACACCAUUUGCGGGCGGCAUCCCAUAAGCGUGAUCAUGGCGGCAUUGGAGUUGCUCGCUACAAAGACGACAACCAUAGCGGCUGCUGGAGGGAAAGGGCAGAAGAAGUUUGCUUUUGUGAAAUACGACCGAAGCGAACUCGCCUCCUCCACCUCGGACUCGAGCGUGAGUUACGCCUCUGCGUACAGUGGAAGACCUAACCCUUUCGACGACCGCAAUGGGGAAGGGGACGGCGGCUACGGUGGUUCUGCGCGCGCACCACCGCAAGCAACAUUCGGCCAAGGCCCUCGCCCCGGGGGUGGAGCUGGAUCUCGCUACAAUCAAACCCCUUCGAUGGGGCGUGACGACUACGGAGGAGGAAACGUGGAAAUGGCCUCUCUCGCACAAAAUGCAGGCUCAUUCGCUGCGUCGGGCGACCCGAAUGCCAUUUUGAACGAGUGCCGCAGCAUCGACCGGGGAAUCGAUCAAAUCGACCAGAACCUGAACCAAUUGCGAAUGUUGCAAGACCGAUCCUUAAACGAGGCCGACUCAUCUGGGUCAUCCACGUCGAAACAGCUGGAUGCUCUUGCGUCGGACACUAUGGCUCUCUACCGUCAACUUACUGAGCGGGUGCGGCAAGUAAAAAGCCAGAGGGAGGCCCAGCAACCCAAAAAUGCGCCACAGGUCGGUCGCGUUGAUCGCCGCUUGAAACAAGCGAUCCAGUCGUACCAGCAAGUUGAGUCGGCCUUUCGCAAGAAGACACAAGAUCAGAUGGCUCGACAAUAUCGUAUCGUGCGGCCAGACGCAUCGGAAUCCGAGGUCCGUGCUAUUGUGGAAGACACGGCAGCUGGUAGCCAAAUGUUCCAGCAGGCCAUGAUGCAGAGCGACCGUCGUGGCCAGGCCCGUGCCGUUCUGAGUGCCGUCCAAGAUCGGCAUGCAGCACUUCAGAAGAUCGAACAGCAAAUGGUCGAGCUGGCUCAGUUGUUCCAGGACAUGGACACACUUAUUGUCCAGCAAGAAGUCAAUGUUAUGCAAAUCGAGCAGAAGGCUGAGGAGGCUGUCGUGAACAUAGACAAGGGUAAUGAGGAGAUUGCAGUUGCUGUCACCACGGCCAGGAAGACUCGGAAAAAGAAGUGGAUCUGUCUGGGUAUCUGCGUCAUUAUCGUUGUGGUAUACGUCUUGAUCAACAAACAAGGCAGCAGCAAGAAACGGAGUAUCGGUGGGCGAGCCCUUGACUUUGCCAAUGACCGGUCGGUGGCACACGUCUACGAACUAGCGAACGCUGUCGCACGGACGUCUCUAUCCGGCCGGUACGUCAUAAAUACCGAUUUCACCAAAGAUGACACCGCAUCUUGA